AAGUUAGGACAGGUUGGUAUAUCCUUCUGUAGGUUGAUUUAGGCUUAACUUGCAAGGGCUUUCUAACUGAGCUGCCCAUAAAUAGAUCAAGCUAUCUUACGAAGCGAUAAGCAAGGCCCUAGCUUCAAUAAAUCCUGGGAGAUUGGUUGCUGGGUAGGUGAGCCCUGGCCUCCUCAGGGCUCAGGCAACCUGAAGGGAGUUGGACUAGACAACUCUUCUGGGAAGAGAAGCUACUUGUUAUACUGCAGGGGAUUAGGGGGGUACUCAGUGGGAAAAUGAGAAGCAUGAGCAAAACUCCCAAGGUGGUGUGUGUGUGUGUGUGUGUGUGUGUGUGUGUGUGUGUGUAGGGGAGGGGCUCUGUUGGGCUGGCCAGAAGGGAAUGGAGUGUGAAGGACAAGGAGGGAGGUUAGGCUGGAAAAGACUGGAGGAGAUUCCUGCAGGGCCCAAGACACUUGCCAGCACUUGUUGAAGAAAUGAAACAUAAAUAAAAGAGACUGUAGGAGCCAAAGGAGGUGCUGACUACUUGGUUCCCUUGAGCCAGUUUUCUUCUGACAACUUCGCCCAAGAUUUGUUGAGGGCAGGCGUGCCCAGUGUUCUGUGUGCUCUCUGUCCCAAUUGGCAUUGGGGAAGGUAUCCAGAGAUGUUUCCUUAAUCAUUAACUACGUGGUUAGCUCCUUGAGAGUGCCAGGGCCCUUUCCUGGGGGCUAGUUCUACUGGUUCACUGCAAGGGUGAGGGCAGACAACUCUCCUGGUGGCUUGGUCUUUGGUAGAAGCAGUAGGUAAUGUUUAUGAGAUGCCACUGGAUGGGUUCCUCCCAUCCAUUAACAGGACUACUCCACAAACAUGGCCCCUGGAAUGCCUGGUGGACAGAACCCGGUGACCUUUCCUUUAGGGAACAAUGAGGCCUGGGCCUUCUGAGGACUCCUAUUGGUGGAAAGAAUUUCUUCUCCCCAGAGCGAUAGGCUGGACGCUAAGGCUGACCUUUAUGGAUUCCCAAAAGGAGGACCUGAGCCUCCCUGACAUGUGGAUCUCCUUGUGCGUUGGAUUCCUGGGGUCCUCGCUAAUAGGCAGCUGCAUACUCUUUCUGCAUUGGAAGAAGAACUUGCAGAGAGAAGAACACGCCCAGCAGUGGGUGGAAGUGAUGAGAGCUGCCAUGUUCACCUACAGCCCACUGCUGUACUGGAUAAACAAGCGGCGUCACCAUGGCAUGAACACAGCCAUUAAUACUGGCCCUCCCUUUGCUGGCACCAAGACCGAGACUGAAGUUCAGAAUUCAGAUUCUUUAUGGGAGCUGGAGAUCUCUGAAGGUGGGAACUGUAUUGUGCAAGACAGCAGUCCUAGAGGUGAAGCCGCUGGUCCCUUGCGACAUGCUUUGGUGGAUCCAAAGCAGCCCCAGCCUUCAACAAUGCCACAGCCUUGGACUGACUCCCCAAUCCCAUUACCCAUUUUUCAAGAGGCGCCCUUUGCCCUGUCCCUCCGCAACCUGCCUCCCAUGCUGAACCACUCUGUCUCCUACCCUUUGACCAACUACCCUGAGAAGAAAGCUCAUUUCUGUUCCCUCCCCAUACUGGCCCAUGGAACAAACUGUUUUAAUGACAAGCCCUUUGCUUCAGAACUGUAGUCUCUUCUCAUUGAGGGUGGGAGCUGCAGGUACCAAAGGCUCCUUUUUGGUAGAAAGCAGAAAUAACCUCAAGGUUAUUUGGUAUUGGCAAAGAGGUUAGAGCCAU